CGUCCUUUUUUUCCCUGCAACAACAAAAUCACGGGGAGGAAUCGAAACCCGAGCAAUGGGUUUCUUUUUAGUGCAUGCUCUGUUUUUAACACUGCUUUUGUUUUGUCACCAAACAAAAGCAGAGGAUUUUGAUGGAACCAACUUCAAAGGUAGAAACCUCGGAGGAACAUGCAACUUGUUCCGAGGAAAAUGGGUCUAUGAUGCUUCAUAUCCUCUCUAUGACCCUUCUUCAUGUCCCUUCAUAGAUCUACAGUUCAAUUGCCAAAAGUACGGUCGCCCAGAUACAUUGUACCAAAAAUAUAGGUGGAUGCCAUUUUCUUGUCCAUUACCAAGGUUCAAUGGAUUGAGCUUUUUGGAGAGGUAUAAGGGGAAGAAGAUUAUGUUUGUUGGUGACUCACUGAGCUUGAACCAGUUCAAUUCAUUGGCAUGUAUGAUUCAUGCGUGGGUUCCAAAUUCUAGGACCACAUUCAGACAGAAGGAUGCUCUUUCCUCAGUGACAUUUGAGGACUAUGGCCUUGGGUUAUUUUUGUACCGCACAGCAUACUUGGUUGACCUUGACCAUGAGAAAGUUGGACGAGUUUUGAAGCUUGACUCAAUCAAGAAUGGUGAUUAUUGGAGAGGGAUGGACGUGCUGAUCUUCAACACGUGGCACUGGUGGACCCACACCGGAAGUGCACAACCGUGGGACUAUGUUCAGGAGAAUAACAAGUUGUUCAAAGACAUGAAUCGUUUUGUUGCAUACUAUAAAGGUCUGACAACUUGGGCUAAGUGGAUUGAAAGAAACAUAAAUCCAGCACAAACCUAGGUCUUCUUUUUAGGAAUUUCCCCUGUGCAUUACCAGGGGAAAGAUUGGAAUGAACCAGCAAAAUCAUGCAUGAGUGAGACAAAACCAUUCUUUGGAUUGAAGUACCCUGCAGGGACACCAAUGGCUUGGGUGGUGGUGAAAAAGGUGCUAAAUAGGAUAAGUAAGCCAGUGUAUUUCUUGGAUGUGACCACUCUCUCACAAUACAGAAAAGAUGCACAUCCUGAAGGCUAUAGUGGGGUUAUGGCAACAGAUUGUAGCCACUGGUGUCUUCCAGGGCUUCCUGACACUUGGAAUGAGCUUCUCAAUGCAGCUAUUUCUGGUUGAAAAAAAGCACUUGAAGACUUGACAACUUUGUUUAUUAGGUCCAAUUCACUUUUAGAGGAAAACCCAUUGUUUUCAACUUAGGAAAUAUUUUAUGUGGCAUUUUGCUUCUUGUAAUUGGGCAAUAAAAGGGUUUGGUGCUCCAAAUUGUAAAUGUAGAUUAUUAUGGCAGAAAUUUGCCCUCUCCAAAUACCAUUUUGAAUUUUGAAAAGCAUUUGGUGGAUAGUUGUAAAGUAGUUGAUGAAACCCUUUUUCUAAGGCAAUAAAAAAGCAAUGAGAGAUUAUGAUGUGGUGAUGUGACGU